CAAUUAUUAUGGGCACAGUUGUGUUUGCAGCACUUGUGUGCAUCAUUCAGUUCAAUGGAUAUCAACAACAAAAUGGAUUCUUGAGUGACCAACUGAUUCCUGGGUUUCCUGGAUUUACUGGUUUUACUGGGUUUCCUGGGUUUCCCGGUAUUCCUGGUAUUGCCACCACUGAGAUUCCCGGUAUUCCUGGUAUCGACAACACUGGGAUUCCUGGUUUCGCCACCACUGGGAUUCCCGGUGAUGAUGGAUAUAGUGUUUCUACAGAAGCUGAAACCAUUAGUGAAACCAAUGAUGGCACCAAUGAAAACACUGUAGUCACCAUCAGUAGUACCAUUGCAACGGCAAUUGAUGAAACUGAUAGUCCAACUGAUGGUGAUAGUAUUGCAACCGUUACUGGCUAUGAAACCGACAUAACUGCUGGCAGUCAGACCACCGGUAUUCCCGAUGACGAAAAUACUGGUAAUAGUUUUACAACUAUUAGUUACACUGAUAUUACCGGCAACGACAACACAACUAUUAUUACUACUACUGGAGUUGAAGGAACUGAUGGUAGUGGUAACGGUACGGCUACAGGUAUUACUGGUGAAGGCGGUGCUAAUUCAACUGAUUUAAUCAGUACAACCAUCGAUGGUAAUGAUGUUACAACAACUGACAAAACAACUACUCCAACAUCGAGUAGUGAUGGCAAACCAUCUGACACUUCUGGCACUGAAACCACUUCAACAACAACAACGAAGACAAAUAUGACGACCACUACACCGACGACGACAACAAUCAAAUCAAAGAAAAAUUCAAAUCACAUGUUGUUUUGGAUAAUAUCCGCUAUAUUUGUCGGAUUAGGUGUAUUGAUCGGUCUCAUGGCUUAUUGUUUGUUGACUAAACGCAGUCCAAAACGCAAACACAAUUCAACACCGAAGACACCGUCGACUGGUAAGGAAAGGCCAAUGAAAUCGCCGCCAAAUGCUACGAAAGCCGCCGCCGGCGGUAAAGCAUUGGACACCAAUGAUGUAGAGGCCGGUGCUGUCAAGUCAUUCGGAUCCGACGAGUCUAUUGUUUCUGUACAAUCAAAAUCCAAUCCUAGUGUUUAA